AUGAUGAAAGUUUCUUUAACUGCAGAUCAUAAAGCCUUUGUGUUUACUAAUUUAACAGGGUUAAAGGCUGGUCUUACCAUUGACGAAUUUGCUCCUCGACUGUCAUUCUUCUGGGGAAUCGGAAUGAAUUUUUACAUGGAAAUAGCUAAGAUGAGAGCAGCCAGGAGAUUGUGGGCACAAUUGAUACAAGAUCACUUCAGUCCUAAAAAUCCAAAGUCGUGUAUUCUUCGCACACACAGUCAGACAUCAGGCUGGUCUCUAACAGAACAAGAUCCAUACAACAAUAUCGUAAGGACAACUAUCGAGGCCAUGGCUGCUGUUUUUGGGGGUACUCAGUCUCUACACACAAACUCUUUUGACGAAGCUCUUGCUCUACCAUCCAAAGCUAGUGCUCGUAUCGCUCGCAACACGCAAAUCAUCCUGCAGGAGGAAAGUGGAAUUCCUCAUGUGAUUGACCCCUGGGGAGGCUCUUAUUUAAUGGAAGCUCUAACGAAUGAAGUAUACGAAGAGGCCAAGAAAGUAGUGGAAGAGGUAUUUAUUAUCCUGAAAUAUAUACAUUUUAAUAAUUUCACUAUAACGUCUACUGUAUUGUUGUUAUUCUGUACGAUCACAACAGAGACCAUUGUGGGUGUGAACAAGUAUCGAUUGGAGAAAGAAGAGUCGGUCGAUGUGCUUGUUGUUGAUAACUCCUUGGUCCGCAGAACUCAGAUAAACAAAAUAAACCAUAUCAAGGAUAGUCGAGAUGAGAAGAAGGUCCAGGAAACUCUCAAUGCUCUGACCGAAUGUGCUCGAACACACGAGGGCAACCUUUUAGCUUUGGCCAUUGAAGCUUCUCGAGCACGAGCCACUGUUGGGGAGAUCUCUUAUGCCAUGGAAAAGGUUUUUGGAAGGCAUGUUGCCUCAGACCGGAUGGUGUCAGGAGCAUACAAAACGGCUUUCGGUGACAAUGAGGAGUUAACCAUCGUCAUGAAGAAGAUCGAAGAAUUUAAUGAAAACGAAGGACGUCGACCCAGGAUCCUCGUGGCUAAGAUGGGUCAAGACGGCCACGAUCGUGGAGCUAAAGUUAUUGCCACUGGUUUCGCUGACAUGGGCUUUGAUGUUGACAUUGGACCAUUAUUCCAGACUCCAGAGGAAGUUGCCCAACAAGCUGUCGAUGCCGAUGUACACGUAAUUGGUGUGAGCAGUCAAGCAGCUAGUCAUCGAACUCUGGUUCCAGAACUAUCAAAAGCAUUGCAAGAAAUGCAGAAAUCUGAUAUCAUUAUUGUUAUUGGUGGUGUCAUCCCUCCUCAAGACUACGACUUCCUUUAUCAGGCUGGAGCUUCUGCUAUCUUUGGUCCAGGUACACGUAUCCCAGUUGCAGCCAUGCAAGUUUUAGACCUUAUCUCCAACAACAAGAAAAAAGAGAAAGCAAGAGCUUAGAGCAUAUGUUAUCAGGAGAAAAUCGAUCCCUAAGUUGAAGACGUUUCUUUUUUGUACAAAGAAUUUCCUCCAUGAUUUCUGUAACCUUAAAAAUGGUUUUCAGUCUUUGUGUGUUGUUGCAUUUGUAACAGAGUUUCUAACCUACUGCAGGCAGUGUUCUGCCUUCUACAUCCAUACCAGUGAUUGUAAAACACCAGAUAUUCAUGUUGCUAAUAAUAUUCAAGC